AAGAAGCAAAAUCUCAAUAUCCAUGCCUUCGCUAACUAGGGAACCAUGGGGUUAGAUAGUUUAUAAUCCAUUCACUCAUAAACCCAAACAAAUGAUGAUUCAAGUUGAAAUAGCCAAACACCUACACAAACCUCUAAAUCUCAAACUAAAACUCUUAACCUUCUUCUUCUCAUCUUCUUCUUCUUCCUCUUCACAACAACAACAACAACAAAUUUCUGUAAUUUCCGCAGUUUCAAUCCUCACCAACCAACGUUCCAAAUCCCGCUGGAACACUCUCUAUUCCCUCUACCCAAACGGAUUCAACCCAAUCGAUUUCUCCCAAAUCACUCUCCACCUCCACAACAAACCCCACCUCGCACUUCACUUCUACCAAUGGACCAAAUCCAAAUCCCUCUGUCACCACAACCUUUCCUCCUACUCCACCAUCAUCCAUAUCCUCGCACGUGCCCGUCUCUACUCACACGCUUACAACACCAUCAGAACCGCACUUCUCAAUUCCGAAACCCACUCCACUUCCACGCCGUUGAAGCUUUUCGAGAUUCUCGUUAAUUCUUAUCGAGAUUGUGGAUCUUCUCCUUUUGUUUUUGAUUUAUUGAUUAAAGCAUGUUUACAGUCUAGAAAAAUUGAAUCUUCGAUUGAAAUUGUUAGAAUGUUACUCUCCCGUCGGAUUAGCCCCAAUGUUAUGACUUUGAAUUCUUUGAUUUCUAGGGUUUGUUCAAAAUUUGGGGUGGAUUUAGGGUAUGAGAUUUACCGGGAGUUUUUUAGGUUAGGUGAAGAAAAAUAUGAUUUUUCCAAAAGGGGUUUUAGAGUUGUUAAUCCUAAUGUGCAUACUUUUAAUACAUUGAUGUUGUGUUGUUAUCAAAAUGGUUUGAUGGAGAAGGUUGAGGAAAUUUGGGGUGAAAUGAGUGAAAUGAAGUGUGAUCCUAAUGGUUAUAGCUAUAGUUUAUUGAUGAGUGCAUUUUGUGAGGGAGGGAGGAUGGGAGAUUGUGAAGAGAUGUGGAAGGAAAUGAGGAAGAAGGAAAUUGAGCCUGAUGUGGUUAGUUACAACACUAUAAUUGGUGGGUUUUGUAAGAUUGGUGAUGUUGGAAAAGCUGAGGAGUUUUUCAGAGAAAUGGGAUUGGUUGGUAUUGAUGCAACUGGUUCAACUUAUGAGCAUCUUGUUACGGGGUAUUGUAGUGUCGAGGAUGUUGAUUCGGCUGUUCUUGUUUAUAAGGAUAUGUUGAGGAAGGAUUUUAGACCUGAUGCAUUGACCCUUGAUAUGGUGGUUAGGUUACUUUGUGAUAGAGAUAGGGUUGAUGAAGCUAUGGAGUUUUUCAGGAGUGGAGUUGUGAAGUUUGAUUUGGUUCCAAAAGAGAAGAGUUAUGAGGCCUUGAUUAAAGGGUUGUGUUUUGAGGGUAAGAUGGAAGAAGGGUUGAAGCUUCAGGCAGAGAUGGUAGGAAAAGGGUUUGAACCGAAUUCGGAUAUAUAUGAAGCUUUUAUUGACGGGUAUAUUAGACAAGGGAAUGAGGAAAUAGCAGAAGCUUUGAGGAGAGAAAUGGUGCAAACUCGUGCAGAGAUAACCGAUUGAUUACUUUUUGUUUGCCAUUAACGGGAAGUGAAAAGAGAAUCACAAAGAGGGUAACAGAUAGAGGUUAAAAAGAGAGGAUGCCAAGGACAGAAACCAUGACACAAAGGCCAAAGCUGCUGAUAUCCUGUACCUGCAGCAAAGCUUUAUAGGACAAAAAGAUCCUUGGGAAUUAAGCAGGAGAUCUACAACACUAGCUGUUGAGGAAGCUGCUGCUAGUGUGAGUGUUGAUAAAACCUGCAGCAAAUAAAAUUCAGUUACCAACAGAUUCGGUCGCGGCCAAUUCAAACAUGCACUAAAACGACUGAACAGAUUAGAGUGAAAGUAUGUACCCAAUCUCCCACAAUGAUAAUCGAUAGUAUUCCGGGUUGACGAAUCGGGCAUUUAACCAGUACAGAAUAUCCAUCUACCAAAGCUAAUGUGAAACUCCAAGGUAUAACCAGACCCAUGAUUGUCACCAAAUAGCUACAACAUGAAUAAUAGAAAAUUCCAUGAAUUUUUACUGAUUAGAUUAUCACAGCAAAGAGAAUAGCAGAGAAAAGAGAAAGUACCAGAAAGCUGUGUAGCUGUAGAAUUCAACCCCUAAAGACAUAAAGAGAAGAGAAGCAGAUGAAAACAAAGUCUGGCCUAAUCUCAAACUGAAGCUGAAACUUGUGCCAACAGAGCCAGGUAAUUCAUUCAUGUAACUUAUUCUAUAAGGUUCUAAAUUCUAAACUAUAUAACUCUAUUAUUGUUCCUUCCUCUUCCCUUUGUAAUAUGCUAUCAUCAUAUAUUGUUUUCCUUCAAGACUCAA